AUUGAAUUUAUCACAAGAUUCUAUAAAUAAAUUCCUUAAUAAUCGGCAAAACUACUCUCAAUAUGGAAAACAAAGGAAAACUCUUCACAGUACCAGCUUCGCACAACUAAAUCGAAAGCAGGGGAUCACAGGUUGACGUAAAAAUAGCUGGAUGUACACAUUUUACUAAGGCUAAGAAUAGCUGCACUGGGAAUGCUCGAUACUAUUUCAUCUGGGUUAGCUAUUGAUUCAUAUGGAUCCUUCAGUGAUAAUGCUGGAGGAAUCAUUGAGAUGACUGGCUUGAGUCACACAAUUUGUUAAGGGAUUGAUGCUCUUGACAAAGCUAGCGAUACCGCUGCUACCAUUGGCAAGGGCUUUGCAACUGGAUCAGCUGCUUUGGUUUCACCUGCAUUGUUUGGAGCUUUUGUUACUCGCGCAACAAAUUAAUAAAUUGCUUCCCACAGUAAAAUAUGAGAUGAUUGCCUUUGUUGUUGAUAUUGUCUACUAAUAAUCUCCCACUGGCUUCACCUAUCGGCACAUCGACUUCACUCUUUAAGAGUGCAGGUGCUAUUCUUAGUUCUAAAAUACUCCGUAUCUUUGACGAGGACUCCCACUAGUGGAAGGUUUCCAUUCUUCUUUUUGAAAAAAGGUGGGGUUUAUCACAGGUAUUUCCAUCACAACUUUAUAAUGGCUUGAAGAGGAGGGUUUAGAGUCUCUAACAUGGCAUUCUAUUGGAGGAGGAUAUGCACUACUUUAUGCAGGAGCAGGAAUAACUAUUUUUCAAAGUUGCUCGUGUGCACCCCAUCAAUUCCUCACAGAUUUAUUCACGGUCAUGUAUAUCCAAUUCAUUUUUCAACACCAAGCUUGACAAGUUCAAAGGAUUUCAGCACCAAAACCCAAGCAAAUAAUGUGGAAGGCCCCGUUGCAAAGGAUUACAGUCCUAUCUUGGCAGAGGAGGAGUUCCAUAAACUAGCCGAUGAUACACUACAUAGUUUACAGGAGAAACUUGAGGAUUAUGGAGAUGACAUUCAGAUUGACGGUUUUGACAUGGAUUAUGCUAGUGGAGUUUUAACAGUGAAGCUUGGGAAUCUUGGCACUUACGUUAUAAACAAGCAAACACCAAAUAGGCAAAUAUGGCUAUCAUCUCCUGUGAGUGGGCCAGCUAGAUUUGAUUGGGACAGGGAAAAUGAAGCUUGGCUAUAUCGACGAACAAAAGCAAACAUGUUGGAACUUUUGGAAAGUGAAUUGAGUAGUCUCUUGAAUACAUCAGUUACCCUUGCAUCAUAAAAUUGAUGUAUUUCUAAGUUCCAGUCGUCCAUGUUAACUUUAAUUAACCGCUGUUAAAUUGCAAUAUGUCCACCAGGAAGAUACGUUUAAUUAACUGCCUUUACUUGUUAUGAGAAAGCAAUUUCUGUUGGCAUUCGAUUGUAUCCGUUAGUAAUAGGAACUUAGCAUUAAUCUGAUAGAUCAAGAUUGAUCAGGUUCUGUCAACUUUAACAAAAGGAGGACAUUUGUUUUUCCGAAGGAGCUGCCAAGUAUCCAUCUAAAUGGUUGAAUUCACUGAGUAUGCUAGGUAUCAUUAGUGGUUUUUUUAAUUCUGUAUGUUGUGUAUGGAAAGUGAAACAAAUGGAUUAUCUGCGUUUACAUUUAUUUAUGAGGAAGAAUCUUUUUAUGAUA